AGUCUCAUUGCACUCAAGCACCUUCUGCCACAACACCGCCUCAGCUGCCGGAAUUUUCUAGAUCAACCAUGCAGUGUGAAGAGACCAGGCUGAACAGAAAAUCCUUGCUGCUUGCGCUGAAGCGCUACAGCACUGCAGUCAUUGACAUGGAACAGACCAUCCUGCUGCCCAGCCUGCUGAGAGACGUCCCAUCUGAAGACGAUGUGGACUGCGAGGCUGCAGAGAACAGCAAGGACAUGUACGAGUACUAUCACAUGCUGAAGGUGAUCAGGAACACAGUGGAGAGUGGACUGGUCCCCUACGAUGAUGGUAACACGAAGACACACACAGCUCUGUAUAAAAGCCUGGAGCCUCUACCGGAGGCCGACCCAGAGGCAUUCUUCUACUUCCAUCUGAGAGGCCUGUUCUCAGUCAUGGGUACCCUCACGAAGAAAUCACAGGACCUUACAGAUAAAUACCUGGACAUUGUGGGCAUCGGAAAUUAGAUCAUUGAACUGCAACAGCCAUCUUUCAGCAAGAUUAUCAAAGGUGUACCUUAUGACACAAUUUGUAAUACCAAAAUGAAAAUUUCACUACAUCUUUACUUGAACAUCUGUUUAGAGAGUAGUGUUGAGUGCAUUUGAAUAAAAUUUUUGUUGUCAUCACA